AUGGAAAAUGAUACAAUCAAUUACAUGAAAUUUAAAAUGGGCUUUAGUCAAAGGAUACUUUUGGCAGAUAAGGCAGUGCCCUCUAAACUUAAAUGUCAAGUGGAACGCAAAAGAAGGCUAUCUGCUGCAGGACCUUCUCCAGAAGCAUCAGCUAAGAGGCAAAGAAUUGAUCUUGUCACAGACUGUCUAAGUGCUACUGGAAUGAACACUGAAAGCUCACAAAAUGAAAGAAAUUUGGACACUAUUGAGACUGAUGCAUCAACAAAGUCUCAAACAACCAAAGACAAAGGAACAAACACUGAACCUAUCUUAAAUGUUGAAAAAGCUGUUCAAGUUACUACAAAACAGAAAGUAUAUUAUCGGAGCAAAGCUGUGCAAACAAAAUGUUCGAGUAAAAAUAUUUCUACUUCACCACUAAAAGUGUCAACUACAUCUCGUUUCACUUCGCCAUUUAAGAUCGAACCAUGUUAUCUUCAACCUUCACAGUCAGAAGCAAUUAAAGCAAUAAAGAGAAAUAUAGUCUCGCAGGAAGAAAAAUCUAGUAGUGAUAUUUCUUGUAUUGAAAGUGAUAAUUAUUCACCUUUUGUGGCUACAUCAUCACCAAAAGUUACUGACUCUGAUACAGAUAAUAUUGAAAAUAUUGAAAAAUUGCAGUACCUUAAACAUUAUAUGCACUUAAUCAAAAGAAAACCCUUAAUGUAUGUUGGUAUAACUAAAGAAUGUUAUUUUAUAGUUCAGAUGAUGCAUGAAGUGACCAACAUAAAAAUAGAACACAUUUUGCUAUGCUUAAAAAAAUUAGACAAAAUAGCACAUUUUCUGAAUUAG